CUCUGAUCUGAAUAGAUCGCUCGAGCUUCGGGACCUCCUCUCGUGUUCCUCGACGAAGAAGACGAUACUUACUUCCAUCAUCACAGCUACACACGAAUUCGUCUUCAGUUACAUCAAUUUUUUAAAAAAGAUUCUGAGUUCGGAAGUGUAGGCUGUGUUUUUUUUUUUAAUUAAUUUCUACUGGAUUUAAACACCACUUAGUUUCCGGAGUUUUGGACUAAAAUGAUGUCGCCGAAGCAAAUCUCCGACGAUCGAGGAUCUCCACAUUUCAGGUAUCUUCAUACCCAAAGUUUUCGAUUCUAACUUCUCCUGUUAUUGUGUGUUUUUGCUUAUGUAGAAAUGAAAUGUGAGAGAGGAUAAAAACACGAAGCUUCUUCGUCUUGCUGCCAUGGAAUUGAUUCAAAUUACAUACACCAUUUCAGAUAAUCCACCUCAUUGGGAACUUUUUUCGGAUAUGGUCAGUUUAUUCUAUGUACCGCUACUUGAAUCAGACAGGAGCGCCAGUGGUUCUCUUCCUCUUCUGCUGUCUGGUGCCUUCGUCCAUCAUCUUCUUGAUACUUCAAAAGCCAUGGAAAGGAAGGGCGCUUUCUAAUCAACAGAUUGUACCUUCUCUUAUCAAUGGACUCAUCACGGCUCUGUACUUCAUCUUAUGGGGAAAAGGUCUCAAGUCUUGUGGACCGCUUAGAGCUAUCUUGUCAGAGUACUCCGGUGCUGUUCUUGGAGUACUUUCUGGAGUAUUAUAUGGACGGAGAGGUCAUGUGUGGAAAAAGGUAGGUGGCCUCAUUGCAAUGCUGGUAGCACUUUUUUUCUUGUCUCAAGGAUGGGCAACAUCAUCUCUCUCCCCUUUUUCAACAAAAGACAGUACUGAGAUCAAAGAGGAAGAAGUACAAACAGAACAAGCACUAGGUAUGAUGGGAAUGAUGAUACCAGUUUUUGCUGGAAUCUUAUCAGCGUUAAGGCGGGUUAUUGCGCGCCGUGUUUCUUUAAAGAACCAGCAGAAGAAACGACUGCAUGCGAUUACCAUUACUUCUGCAACCUGUUUCUUGUUUCCUGUGGCCAUGUGGGACCUUAUUAUAGGCUCAUCUUCUGGGAAAACCUCCGAGUUGCCAUUUUCUGCGUGGGCUUUCCUUAGCACCAUUGUUUUUGGGAUCAUUCUAAUCUUUUAUGUUGACAAUAUCGCAGAAGAGAGACUGCAUAUGGUGUUUUCUUCCCCGAGGCAUUUAAUGGUAGCAGGUGUAUGCAUAAUAGUCAUGGAGUUAGCUUACGAGAUGGAUUUUUCUCUUCCCGGUUUCAUCGUCUGUUGCUUAGUAUUAGGGUUUGGAAUAUUCGAGGCGACAUCUCUUGAACGUAGCAAGAAAGACUCUUCGUUGAAACCAGAAGAUCCAUCAAACGGAAUCCUUGGUAAUGAUUUUGAUACUUCUCCAAUUCUUCCCAUAUAGCUUUACCAAUCUCUCACCACACUAACGACGAUGUACUGUUGAAUUCUUGACGAUGUAAAUCUAUCUGGUUUUAACUUGUUCUCAAUCUUCAUACCUUCAAUUUUUUUUUUUUGGAUUUUCCUUGGUGAAUAAUCUACAAUUUUUUUUGUCUACUCUACCAUGAUAUGAGUAUGAUUACGGUAUUGUUAUUUUA